GUUUCUAUAAACACUACACAAUAGAUGUUCUGCAUUUUGCUCUCACUCAGCAGGAAAUGUCCUCGGCUGUUCAGAGAAACCGGGUGAAAUGUUUCUUAUUUUACCACAAGCCUCCCCCAGCCGAUUCUCAUACCAACACUGUGCACCAAAAAGCAGAAGUGAUCAGGAAGAUGUGUGCCAGACAGCUCACUUGUGUCCAGGACUAAGCGGUAGCACUUUGCUGUUGUCUGUGAUUCGGAGCAGCCGCUGAGCUCCAGCCCUCUCUGGAGUAGUACACCCCGUCUCAGUGGGAAACUCAACCAGUCUCCCCUUCCUUCCCUGGCUGGGAGCAGCCGUCAGCAUGGAGGAUACCACAGCCAUAGUCACCACAGUCCAUUGUGCACCAGUCACCAAAGCUGCAAAGCAGCAGGCCCCAGGUGAUGAGGAGGACGAGGAAGCCGGGGGCUGGGACAUAGGAACAGAAAGCUGGAACACACAGAGUGCCGCUUCUGCUGCGAUGAAACUCCCUGUGCUCACGCAGCCUGGCCUGGGGGUAACCACGACAACAGUGACCACCAUCACUCAGACGGGAGGGGAUUGGAGCAGCAGUCUGUUCAACGUGUGUGGAGACAGGACCACAUGUCUCUUAGGGGCCUUUGUGCCCUGUUGCUUGGACCUGAGUCUGGCCCACCAGUACGGGGAGUGUCUGUGUCUGUUCCCUGGCUCCACAUUUGCCAUGCGGGUGGGCAUCAGGGAGAGAUACAAGAUACAGGGCAGCGUCUGUGAGGACUGGACUACAGUGUAUUGCUGCUACCCCCUGGCCAUCUGUCAGAUGAUCCGAGAGAUGAAGAGGAGGAUGAAGAGCCAAACCUACAAGGUAUCCACUGCACUAGAGUGUUCCUGACAACAUGUCUGUCUGUGUGUUUGAUUCAUUCAUCCAGGUCAGGACCACAUCUUAUUCAUAUUACAAUAUUCAUGAUCUAACCUUGGUACCUAUAGCAAACUUGGCUUGUGUAUAGAAUCUUCAGAGGCUCAUGUCAUUUCAUUGGUGCAUCACUGAUGUUUGCAUAUUACUAUGUCACAGAUGGAUGGAUGAUUACUAUGUCAAAGAUGGAUGAUUACUAUGUCACAGAUGGAUGGAUGAUUACUAUGUCACAGAUGGAUGAUUACUAUGUCACAGAUGGAUGGAUGAUUACUAUGUCACAUAUGGAUGAUUACUAUGUCACAGAUGGAUGAUUACUAUGUCACAGAUGGAUGGAUGAUUACUAUGUCACAGAUGGAUGGAUGAUUACUAUGUCACAGGUGGAUGAUUACUAUGUCACAGAUGGAUGAUUACUAUGUCACAGAUGGAUGGAUGAUUACUAUGUCACAGAUGGAUGAUUACUAUGUCACAGAUGGAUGGAUGAUUACUAUGUCACAGGUGGAUGAUUACUAUGUCACAGAUGGAUGAUUACUAUGUCACAGAUGGAUGAUUACUAUGUCACAGAUGGAUGGAUGAUUACUAUGUCACAGGUGGAUGAUUACUAUGUCACAGAUGGAUGGAUGAUUGCUAUGUCACAGGUGGAUGAUUACUAUGUCACAGAUGGAUGGAUGAUUGCUAUGUCACAGGUGGAUGAUUACUAUGUCACAGAUGGAUGGAUGAUUAAAAUGUCACAGGUGGAUGAUUACUAUGUCACAGAUGGAUAGAUGAUUACUAUUACAGAUUACUGUCACAUCCGUCUAAAUGGUGAUUAUUACAGGUCUCUAUGGGGGUCAUCAUACUACAGGUUCCCAUUUGAUGUCUUAUGGGAGGCCUAGUGAUCAUUCUAGGGUUUCUGAGGACAUCCCUGUUUAAGAUGAGUCGGCAUAUGUAAAAUAAAGUUAUUUAAGUUAAGAAUUAAGUUAAGAAUGUAUUUGGGGAUGGGGACUUAGGCUUAGUAUUUGAGCCUGUGUAGGAUGUGGAACAUCAGUGAUACUUUACCAGACAAUGUUUCAUAAAUAUUUGCAAAGUAAAAUAAAAUUCCUAACCAAUUGUAUGAAACAGUCCAUGUAGGCUAAGCCAUUAAAUAAUAAAACCUAUUUGCAUAUUUGUA